AUGACUGAGCCAACCUUGAAGAAGGGACUUUCUAUCACGCCCUUUAAGUCACUUAUACCUACUCAGGAUCUUGCGCCACUUAUAGCCUCGACUUCGAUAGACACAAUAACCCAAGGAAUUGAGCAAGUAAACCCCGGUAGCUCAUCGUAUAAAAUUCUACAUGAUGAAAUAAAUGCAGAUCCAUCGAAAUACGGCAACAUCAUAGAUCACGUUGCAAAUGAAUACAGUACGUUCAAAGAUCAAGAAUUGGAUGAGUUGGUAUUCAAAAGACAACCUACCAUAGGAGAUACUGCUGCUUCGACUAACUCCGCAAAUGACCCUCCAUGUACACAAAUAGAAGGUGAGCUAGAAUCUCGAAUAUUCAAUUCCGUACACAAUUGUGAAGUCAAAUACGUAGCAGAGCCCGUCAAGAAAGAACAAGAUCCCAUUGUAAACCUUUUAAUAGAAAACAUGAGUGAAUCACCUUCUGUUGGCGAAAAGUCUUACUCAAGAAUUUCGGAAUUGCCUACAAGUGAAAGUGGUGAUGAGAGUAAAGUUAAACGUAAAUUGGAAGAUGAUACAGCACCACUCUCUUCUCCAUUGAAAAAGCAGACUUACAUUAAAUUAGAAGAGAUCAAUUCUACAGCAAUUAGUGAUAUUAAGUUGCUAAUUUCUCAGCUAGACGAUCCUGAGGCAAUUGCAGAUGUAUGGUUGGAUCACGAUAAGCAGAUCGUCUCUACAUCAUGGCUCAUAUUACUUCAAGAUAGACUAAUACGAGUAAUUGACAGUUCAAAAUUUGAAGAUUUGGACAUAGAUUUUUUAAUUAAAAUCCAAAAUGUUUGCUUUACGUGCAUUUCGGAGGGUAUUGCUCAAGACUGGUCCAGCAAAUCGACUGAAUUGACGAACUUUACGUUGAAUUCGCUAUUAUCUUGUAAGACCAUCUUACUCAUUAUGAGGCGUAAAGGAGAUGAAAAGAAAUUACUUGUGGCCGAGCAUUUGAAGCUGGUUAUUGACUUGAACUACAAUGUCAUAGAAUAUUUGAUAGUCCCCAUCAACCAGGGGAAAUUGGAGAAUCAUUCAGCUCUAACCAUGAUCUCUUACAUUUGUGACAACUUAACUUUACUCACAGAUUAUGUCAUGAACAAUAAAGUAGAUGAUCAUUUUCUUACAAGAUUAGAGUAUCUUUCCAUAUUUGCGUUGUACUCCGAAAAUUAUAAAACUAAAUCAAAUCAACAAACUUUGUUGGUCAACUUGUGCUGGACUUCUGCUCAACUUAUUAUUGCCAUUUUUAAAUCUCAUCCUGAUCAACGACAAUUUAUCAUAGAAGAGAUAUUGAGUGGAUUUGCUUCUUCCAAGUUGAGCUCUAACUUCACAAUUUUCCGAGGUGGUACUGUUCUAAUGGUGUCCGUCUUAUUGCUCAACCUUGUACAAUCCUUUGAACUCAAAAAGGUUGCUGUAGAAGCAGCUGAAGUUAUUGGAGAUAAUCAUGAUGACAUCUUGCUUUUGGAAAGUAGAGUUAGAUCACUUGGUGAAGAUCUCAUGCAUUUGCAGGAUCAAGCAAGGAAUAUUUCUAGUGACAUAACAAUGAUUUUGAUAAAUAAGCUAGUAAAGCAGGCAAAUAACACAGAAUCUUACUUGAAGGAGAAUUUUGAAAAUUUGAUUCAAGAUUUGCUAUACCUUUUACCAUUCCCAGAGUGGUCAGUAUCCGAAUUUUUACUAAAUAGUAUAGUGGAAGCAUUAUUCAAACUACUUGAAAAUGGUACUUCUACUAAUGCUUCGAAUGUGGAGAGCUUUGUGCUAGAAUUGAUAGGAAAUGUGGGUAUUAAACUUGCUCACAACAUAGUUCAAGAAAGAUCUGCCGAUUAUGAUAAUGAAUCACUUUAUGUUAAGACACUUGAGUAUGUGCAAAUUCAAAGUAAUAAGAACAUUAAUUACAGGUCGAAUUGGAACUUUCUCUUGUUAAGGUAUCUCUGCAAAGAGUUAACUAUAGAAAAAGAGUACUUAGAACAAAGUGCAAUUAAAGGUUCUAAGGGUUACAGAGUUGAAGUUGGUGGUGGUGUAUUAUCAUCAGAGGCCAACAAUACAGAAAAAGGUAGUCCGGUGACGUCUGUUCAAGUACUUUUAGAUCAUUUGGCCAAUUUAAAGAGUCCUUUGAAGUCAAGUCUUGAAUAUACCGAUCAGUCUGCUUCUUUAUAUUGCCCCGUGUUGCAUUCGUUUGAACUUUUUCAUCAGUACAAAAGAUUCAUCAAAAUAAUAAUAAACUCUUUGAAUAGCUCAAAAGUUAAGACUAGAUCAAAGUCGAUAAAAAUUCUUUCAAGUAUAAGCGAAAUCGACCCCUCCUUAGUUUCUUCCAUUGAGAGUUAUAUUAUCAAUAAAUUAUCUGAUCCGUCUCCCAUGGUCCGAGAUUCAGUAUUGGAUUUGCUUUCAAGUAUUUUGAAGCCUGAUUUAAUCGACAAAUUUUACCAACCGGUAUGUGAGAGAUUGGUUGAUUCAAGUAUUCUGGUCCGGAAAAGACUGAUACGGCUUAUUAAAGAAAUAUACUCCAUGAUUGAUAUCAAUGACAACAACAGUAGAAAAGUGAAAACCUUUAUUUGCACGAGGAUGUUAAAGAAGUACGAAGAUGAAGAAGACUCCAUUGUUGAGAUGGCUAAAUCAUUUCUAUUGGAGGCUUGGAUAAGUAGUAGCGAUGAUUCUUCUAAAAAUUGGGUACCAGUUGAAAUUAUGAUGGACGUAGUUUCAUCUCCAGUCAGUAAAAUAAUUGUUUUGUUUGAAGGUUUUAUAGGAGAUAUCUUACCGAAGCAUUUCCCUGAUAUCAAACUGAUAGUUGAUCGAGUCUUGGAUUUCGUUCUAAUUGACGGAAAUAAUAGAGCUGAUUUGGAAAAAGGAUUGAGGCUACUCUCUAUGUUGGUUAAAUGUAAUGGGAAAUUGAUGACUCAAGACCAAUUGAUAUCCCUUCAACCUGUACUUGUUGACGACAAAUCUACUGGACAACCAAUUUGCUUUUAUACUUUGCAAAUAUUGAAAUAUGUAAUGAUGGAAGUCACCAUUUUAAGACGGGAUUUUCUUGAGGCAACUGAGCAAUCAAUAUUGAGGAGGCUUACUAAGUUCUCUUCUAAAGAAUUAAAUGAAGCCAUGCCAUGUGCUUGGAAAUUGGCUAAGUUAAGUGGAGGUUCGAUUAAACUCGCAAAUGCAUCUAUAUCUUGUUUAAAGCACAUAAGACCAUACAUAAGCAGUGUGAAGAAUAAAAGAGAACAAAGCAUAGAUCAAGAGGAUCAGGAGCCGAGAAUUCGGAAAUUGCUUAAUCUUAUUGGUAGUUUUGGUAAAUUCGGUCUGUUUGAAGAUAAUAGGGAAAAUUUUUUGAAGGCGAAUAUUGGUUUAAAAGAAAAUGAAUCUGUGAUAAGUUUAUUGGCUAAAGUCGUCCUAUUUUUCUGUAACUUUCAAGAACAGAAGAGGAAGUCAAUAGGAUCCAACAGUAUCAGGAAAACUGCAGUUAAAAAUAUUGUGGGUAUUUGUUCUUCCCAUCCUAAUCUAUUUGUUUCUGAAACUGUGUUGAAAAUCUUGGAUAGAGAGUUUAAUGCCAAGUAUGACGACGAUGAUAUUUCGAUUAAAAUCGUUAUAGUUGAAGGUCUAAUCGAGUUUUUAGAAAAGGAAAAUGAAGAUUCCAAGAAAAGGCAACAAGAAGGCAGUACCAAAAAAUUUGCUGUUAGCUUAGAGGGUAACUCUAAGUUUAACGUUAAUGAUAGCAUUUGUGCUUCAGUUAUCCAAAGAUUUAGUCCUUCUAUUCUUCCUUUAUGCUUCUAUGACCAAGAGAGCUAUUCAUAUAUACCGAUUAAGUACUUACAACUAGUUGUGAAAUUGGGGUUUGCUAACCCAAAAGUCUUCAUUUCGCUGAUUAUUGCUCUAGAAUCAAGUACCAACGUAUAUAUCAAGCUGCUGGCAAUAGAAAUGCAUCAGGAACUUUUCGAGAAACACGAAUCAUUGACUGAUACAAGCUAUGUCGAGGGGAUAAAAUUGGCUUAUCAGUACAGGUACAAAUACAGCAGAAACUUUGUGAAUGAGAGGUUCUUUUUGAAAAAUUUAUACUCCUUAAUAUCCUACAAUAGAACUUCGAGAAGGAAAUUCAUUCAGUCCAUUACUAAGACUUUCACGCCUCCAAAUUUAUUGACCAUCGACCAGAGUCAAAGAAACCUUAUUGUAUUUACCAUAUCUAACUUGUCUACUAUAAAUUUCGUUGCACUUGAAGAUGUCUGCUUCAUAGUUUAUCAAUUGGAUAUGCUUAUUCGUAAAGAGGGAAUUGAUAUCUUCGAAACAAUUCGAGAUCUGGAUACAAAUAAAGAACCUAGUGCUUCAAACUUUAUGGCAGUUCAAUUAUUUAUUGCAUUUCUUAGCUUCAAGCAAUUUUUGGAGUCAAGCUACAACUUAAGCAGAUCGCAAGUAGAAAACUUCAACCCUGCCAGGAUUGAUCCUGAUUUAAGGGCUGCCCCAAAAAUGGUUAGGGUUGACGAUUUCAUCUUAGAUAGCUGCAUCAUAACUAAUGCUUUAGAUAAUUCGGAUAAUCAAAUAAGAAUCUUGACAACGUUUGUUGAGAGAAUGAAUCAAUUUACAAAUUGA